AUGGGAAUAUAAUGCUCUAAAACUUAAAAUUCUAUGUUAAUAUUUUCAACUUUGAACUCAUUUGAAGACAAAGAAUAGUAACAAAACCAUUAAGCUAAUUAAACUUUAAAAUAUAGUUUUCCUCAAAAAUAAAUAUUAGAAAGCAUUAAAACUAAAUUGUAAUUACAGCAAGAGUUAAAUCUUCCUCAUCAACCAGAUGAUCCUGGAAGUCCUAUGUAGGCAUUAUCUGAAAAUACUUAGGAAGGUUUUGAAUUUGCGAAUAUAAAUUAUUCAUGUCCUACAACAACAAGAAUCAAUAGGAGUAACUCAAAUUAAUUUUCUCUAUAACAAAAUAAGACAUUAAGUAUUAAAAAUAUACAAUUUUCUCCAUCAAUUUUAAAUAAAUAAAAUAUUGAAGCAAAAAAAGGAAUAAUAAAGAAAAGUAGAUAUAAUAAUGAUUCUUAAUCUCCAAAUUCUGUAUAAACAAUUAAAUCUGUUAGAUUUUUAAUAACUGAACAAGUAAGAGUUAAAACUAAAAUGGUACGAACAUAAAGUUUAUGUAGAAAAUAUUCAAGCAAACGAUUAAAUUCAUCAACUAUUUAUAGUAAUUGUGAUUAAUCUUUAUAUUACAAAAUUGAAUUCUGA